AUACAUUUCAUCUUUGACUGCAGUAACAUUGAAACAAUCGAAAGGAUUUAAGCAUGUAUUCAUUUGCAACCCGCGCGCUCUUGUUGCUCGUCUCCGUUGUUUUCCCGGUGUCUUUUGCGGUAUCGGGGGAAUAUUGUCAUGGCUGGACGGAUUCCUUUCAUUCUUGGCACCGGGGCUUCCAGUGUCCGGAGCGCUUUGACGCCGAGGACGCACGUUACUGCUGCGGGACCUGCGCGCUCAGGUAUUGCUGCACCUACGCGGAGGCGCGCCUGGAUCAGAGCACCUGCGAGACGGGCUCCGAGUCUGAAAAAGCUGACGACAUAAGGAUGAUGACUGAAAGUGUUCCAACCUAUCUCCCCUUUGUGAUUGUGGUGAGCGCGUUCCUCUCAUUCGUUCUGGUCGGGUCAGUCGUGUCUAUCUGCUGCUGUCAGUGUGUUAAACCCAAAGCAAGUGAACGGCCGACCGGACCAUCUGCUGCUCAAACCAGCCUGCUGGAGUCGGGAGGACCUUCCGUGGACAGCUCGACCCCAUCCCGCACCUCCACUUCAGGAUCCUCCACUACAAAUGCUCGACCUCCACCAUCUGAGCUCAGCGUGAACCUCUAUGGGCCAACGGGAAACUCAUUUCCCACUGCUCAGUCGCAGCAAUAUGUUCCUUCACUUCCCCAGGGGCCACCGCAGUUCUACCAGCCCUACAUGAACUAUGGAUUUCCUCCAGAGCGCAUGAUGGUGGCCCCUGCGUUCUUGGACGGACGUCCUGCGUACGGCCAGGUGCACGGGCAGCCUUUUCCACAAGCCCCUAUGCACUCUGAACCCAUAUACCCCACUGUCACCAUCUGAUUACACAACUUUCUACAAAAUCAAUUGGGACUACAUAAGGAAUAAGAAGUUUAUAAUUGCAUGUCCCAGGGAUGCAUUGUUUUGUUGCCUUAGGCUUCCACAGACAGUUCAGUAUUAAUGUUCGUUUAAAAUGGAGAGUGACAUUGAUAGUCUGGGUAAAGAACUAUAUAUGAUUUAUAUUGACUUAAUUGUGACUGACAUCAUGUGUUAUACUCGUGGUGUAUUGCUGCUUCUCAUAGGAGUGUAUUUGCAUGAACAGUUGAUUGU